AUGGCUACCGGUUUGAUGAUGAUGAGCACAAUUUUCUUCAUCAUUUUUGCUUCCUUGUGGGCAUGUCAUGAUGCUGCAAGUGACACACUCAAGCCAGGUGACACUCUCAAUUCCUCAAGCUCCUUAGUCUCUGCAUCAGGCAAGUUCAUCCUGCGUUUCGUUGUACAAACUAUCGACAGUUCGAACACCAGCUAUCUAGCGAUCCUGCGCAAUAAACCAGGAGCAAACAAAGCAUGGAUUGGCAACAGAAACACACCUAUUCCAUACCCUUCCUCCCCACUUCUCACCUUGGACUUGAACAACACAUUGAAAAUUACAUACCCAGAUGGAGACCCUAUUGUCAUUUCCUCUUCUCCACAAACUAGUGUUGUUGUGGCUACCCUUUUGGAUUCUGGCAACUUUGUACUACAAGAAGUGAACUCUGUCAACAAAUCGACCAGCGGGGUUUUGUGGCAGAGUUUUGAUUAUCCAACAGACACAUUUUUACCAGGCAUGAAAUUGGGGGUUGACCACAGAAAUGGGCACAAUUGGUCACUUUUGUCUUGGGCAACAAGCUACAACCCAGCGCCGGGGCCUUUGAGCCUUGAUUGGGACCCCAAUGGACACCAAUUGAGAAUCAAGCAAGCUGGGGUGGUUUAUUGGACCAGCGGCAUCUUCGGAGAUGGAAGAUUUGAAUUUAUUUUUCCUGAUGUGUCAAAGCAGAGGUACAAUUUUAGCAUUGUCUCAAAUGAAAAUGAAGACUACCUCACCUACACUGCUGUAGGUGAUCCAAGUGAUCCUCAGCCAGAAUGGGUGCUAUACAGCAGAGGGACACUUUUUGAGUAUGGAACACAAGUUGCUAUUACAAAAGCACAGAACUGUGAUGGCUACAACACAGGUGGAGGGUGCGUGAGAAGGGACCGGCCAAGUGGUUGUACAGCGAAAUUUGGUGAUGACUUUGAGCAAAAAAAUGGUUACUUCAAGAUCAACAACUCUAGUAAUACUUCAAGAUCCCCCAACUGGUUUAAUGCUAGUAGUAGUGACUGUAAGGUUACUUGUUGGCAAAAUUGUGACUGUCUUGGAUUUGACCUUCCACUUGCUAAUCAGAGUCAGACUAGUACUGGGUGCCGAUUUUGGAGUGUAGACUGUCAGUUCUUUGAAGACCUCAAUUCAAGUAGCAGCUUUGUUUUGUCAGGACUAGCAACGCCAGCGAAACCACCACUGCCUGCCCAAAAAAAUGGUAAGUCUAGCUGCCAAAAUUUGGUACCUAAAUGGCUAUGGAUUGGCAUUGCUAUUGCGGCUGCUGUGCUUGUAAUGGUGUUCUGCAUCUUGGGCUACCUGCUAAGAAGAAGAAUAUGCUCAGGCAAGAACAGAGCAAUGAUACAGAACAAAUUGCCUAGCUUCAUGAAAUCCAAUAGAUCUGCUUAUGAUCCUGUUAAUGAGCUUCAAAACGAUUACGGAAACAUGGGAAAACAUGAUUUAAGCGUGUUUACCUAUGAAUCUGUUUUGGCUGCCACUUCCAACUUCUCUAAAGAAAACAUGCUCGGAGAAGGCGGAUUUGGACCUGUUUAUAAGGGAAAAUUGGCGAAGGGACAAGAAAUAGCGGUGAAGAGGCUUUCAAAAUGUUCCGGACAAGGAACAUCAGAGUUUAAGAAUGAAUUGAUACUCAUACAUGAACUUCAACAUACAAACCUUGUUCAGCUCUUUGGAUUUUGCAUUCAUGAAGAAGAGAGGAUGUUGAUAUAUGAGUACAUGCCAAACAAAAGCUUGGACUACUUUUUAUAUGAUUCAAUCAGAGGUGUGCUACUAGAUUGGAAGAAGCGUUUCAAUAUAAUUGAAGGAAUCACUCAGGGAUUGCUUUACUUGCAUAAAUACUCAAGAACGCGAGUAAUUCAUAGAGAUUUAAAAGCUAGUAACAUACUACUUGAUGAAAAUAUGAACCCGAAAAUUUCCGAUUUCGGUAUGGCAAGGAUUUUCACCCACAAUGCAUUGGAAGAAAAUACUAGUAGGAUUGUCGGGACACGGGGUUACAUGGCUCCUGAGACCAUUGAAGGCAUUGUUUCUGUAAAAUCGGAUGUAUACAGCUUUGGGGUGUUAGUGCUUGAAAUCAUAAGUGGCAGGAAAAACAAUAGCUUUUACAAUGAUGAACAUAUACUCAAUUUAGUAGGAUAUGCGUGGGAGUUAUGGAAAGAAAAUGCAGGGCUAGAACUAAUGGAUCCCACUCUAAGCGACUCAUGUAUCGGGAAUCAAUUGCUAAGAUGCAUCCACGUCGGUCUACUAUGCGUGGAGGAAAACACAGCUGACCGACCUACCAUGUCCGAUGUCAUAUCUAUGUUGACAAAUGAAAGCAUGCAGUUGCCUAAACCAACAAAGCCAGCAUAUUACACAGGAGGAAAUACAGACACUGCUGGUAUAGAUAGAAAGGGACCGCAAAAUGGAUCAAUAAAUGGUUUGUCCAAUUCAGAUUUUGGUGCACGAGAUGCUGCAAGUGACACACUCAAGCCAGGGGACACUCUCAAUUCCUCAAGCUCCUUAGUCUCUGCAUCAGCCAAGUUUUUCAUGGUCUUGAGGUCAUCCAUGGCUACAGCUUUGAUGAUGAACUCAAUUAUCUUCCUCAUUUUUACAUGCUUGUGGACUUGUCAGGAUGCUGCAAAUGACACACUCAAGCCAGGGGACACUCUCAAUUCCUCAAGCUCCUUAGUCUCUGCAUCAGGCAAGUUCAUCCUGCGUUUCGUUGUACAAACUAUCGACGGUUCGAACACCAGCUAUCUAGCGAUCCUGCGCAAUAAACAAGGAGCAAACAAAGCAUGGAUUGGCAACAGAAACACACCUAUUCCUUACCCUUCCUCCCCACUUCUCACCUUGGACUUGAACAACACAUUGAAAAUUACUCAAACAGGUCAAGAUUCUAUUCCAAUUUUCUCUGCUCCACAAACUAGUGGUCCUGUUGUGGCUACCCUUUUGGAUUCUGGCAAUCUUAUAGUACAAGAACUGAACUCUGUGGAUGGAUCGACGAAACGGGUUUUGUGGCAAAGUUUUGAUUAUCCAGUAGACACAUUUUUACCCGGUAUGAAAUUAGGUGUUAACCGUAGUAAUGGCCACAUAUGGUCACUUUUAGCGUGGGCAGAUACCUACAACCCAGCUCCAGGACCUUUCACUCUUGAUUGGGACCCCAAUGAGCGCCAGUUGAAAAUCAGGAAAAGUGGUGUGGUUUAUUGGACAAGUGGAGUCUUAAGAUCAGAUGGGAGAUUUGAAUUUAUUUUGCCAAAUGAGUCCAAGCAGAGGUACAAUUUUAGCAUUGUUUCAAAUGAGAGCGAAGAGUGCCUCAAAUACAGUGCUGUAGAUGAUCAAAGUGAACCUGAACCAGAAUUGGUGCUAUACAGCGAGGGGAAACUUCAUGACUAUGGGGGACCAGUUGAUAUUGUACUAGCACGAAACUGUGAUGGCUAUAACACCGAUGGAGGGUGCGUGAGAAGGGACCGGCCAAAUGAUUGCGUGGCCAAAGUUGGUGAUGACUUUGAGCUCAAAAAUGGUGUCUUUAAACCCAAGAAUUUGAGCUCAAGAUCCCCCUACUGGUUUGAUUCAAAUAUAAGCCACAGUGGUACUAGAAACGCCUGCAAGGCUACUUGUUGGAAAAAUUGUACCUGCCUUGGAUUCAACUUUAAUCAGACUACUAGUAGUACAGGAUGUCAAUUUUGGAAUGUAGACAGUGAGUUUGUCGAAGAAAACACUGGAUCGAGUACUGCAACUAGUAGCUUUGUUUUUUCAAGUUUCAUAUCGUCACCAAAAUCACCACCUCGCAAAAAUACUGGACAAAAGUGGAUAUGGAUUGGCACAUCUUCUACUGGUGCUGCUCUAAUGCUUUUAGUCUUGUGCCAUCUACUACGAAGAAGAAGACUGGCAAUUUCAACUGGUGAAAGCAGGACAAACAUUGAGAACGAAAUGCUUAACUUCAUGAAAUCUAAUCGACCUACUGAUCAUGUUGGACUUCAAAAUGAUGGAAAGAUGGGACAUCAGGACCUAAGUGUAUUUAGCUAUGCGUCUGUCUUGGCUGCCACUUCCAAUUUCUCAGAUGAAAACAAGCUUGGAGAAGGGGGCUUUGGACCUGUUUAUAAGGGAAAAUUGGCAACGGGACAAGAAAUUGCUGUGAAGAGGCUUUCGAAAUGUUCAGGGCAAGGAACCUCAGAGUUCAAGAAUGAGUUGAUACUCAUAUAUGAACUCCAACAUACAAACCUUGUUCAGCUUUUCGGGUUUUGCAUUCAUGAAGAAGAUAGGAUGUUGAUAUAUGAGUACCUGCCAAACAAAAGUUUGGACCACUUUUUAUUUGAUCCAAACAGACAUCUACUUCUAGAUUGGAAGAAGCGUUUUGGUAUACUUGAAGGAAUCGCUCAAGGGUUGCUGUACCUGCACAAAUACUCAAGAAAGAAAGUAAUUCACAGAGAUUUAAAAGCAAGUAACACACUACUUGAUGAAAAUUUGAACCCCAAAAUCUCCGAUUUCGGUAUGGCAAGGAUUUUCACCAAUAAUGAAUUGGAAGCAAACACUAGUAAAAUUGUCGGAACACGUGGUUACAUGCCUCCUGAGUCCAUGGAAGGAAUUGUUUCUGUAAAAUCUGAUGUCUACAGUUUCGGGGUGUUGAUGCUUGAAAUCAUAAGUGGGAGGAGAAACAACAGCUUCUACAACGAUGAUCGCGUGCUCAGUUUAGUAGGAUACGCAUGGGAGUUAUGGAAAGAAGGUGCAGGACUAGAAUUAAUGGAUCCAACGGUAGGUGAUUCAUGUAUUAACGAUCAAGUGUUAAGAUGCAUCCAUGUUGGUCUGUUAUGUGUAGAAGAAGAUGCAGCAAAUCGCCCCACCAUGUCAGUUGUAGUAUCUAUGUUGACAAAUGAAAGCACACCAUUAGCCUUACCUACAAAGCCAGCAUUUUUUGUUGGAAGGAAAUUGGCGGAGGCUGGUGUAGGUGGAAAGCAACUUGAAAUUGCAUCAGUGAAUGACUUGUCGAAUUCCGAUUUUGAUGCACGUUGAAAAAAGUUUGAUCUUCAUAUGGUGCUCGCUUGAUUUCCCUAUACUAAAAAGAUUAUUAUGUUCUUUACACAUAUUUCUUGUGGAUUAAGUUAU